AUGGACGACAGUCGCGGUGGCAGUGGCGGUGGCGGUGGCGGCGAUGCUGAUGCGGCAAAGGCUCGGUUUGGGCAAGGGUUGAAGGACUUGAUUGAGCCAGCCAUUACCACCAUCGACAAUCAUGUACAGGCCACUCAAAAGUCGCAAGAAUCCCUCCGGGUUGCCCUCGAUCAGCUCCACCAAGAGUUGACACGCUUUCGGCAGCUGGAAGGGAGUGCCGUGGACAUUGACGCUUACUUGCGCAAACUGCUCGAAGCUAGGCAAAAUGUCAACAAAACCAACGGCAUCCUCGAACAAGUGCAGGUUCGAACAAAUCGGAUGAUGCGCAGUGUGGACAAGGUGACUGCCGGGAUGGGCAAGACACACGAGCGCCUGGUGGCGCAACGGGAGAAGCUGGAGCGGCUGUCAAUCACGGGCCCAAGCAUGCCCCCACCCGUGGUCGGCGGCAGCCAAUCCGCCCAGGCGACGCAAGACCACCCGGCACAAGCAGCACAGGGCGCUCAACAUGAAGAGACAGAUGCAGCAGACAAAGAACAGCAGCAGAAGGAAGAACAAGAAGAGAAACGCGAAGAGGAGGAUGACGACGAGGAAGAGGAUGCGGAACAUGAUGAGCGAGAAGAAUCUGACAAGGCAAUGGCGACAGACGAUGAUGAAGGCAAGCAGGAGGACAAGGGUGAAGAAGACAGCGCAGACAGUGCCGAAGGAAAGACAACUGAACCCGGGCAAGAAGCCAGCACAUGAGUGGCCGUCGUGGUGGUAGUAGUGGUGAUAUUGGUGGUUGGUGAUAGUAGUUGUCGUACAUCUUCACGUGUGUGUGUGUGUGUGUGUGUGUGU